UUUCCCCGCAGCCGCCGCCGCAGCCGCCGCCUGGGCCGCCCCGUGUCCCCGGUGGAGCCGCCGCCGCUGCCGCCGGGAGCUCGAUGCGGACGGAGCCCGGGCCGGGCCAUGGGGAUCCUCAGCAUCACAGACCAGCCGCCCCUGGUCCAGGCCAUCUUUAGCCGAGAUGUGGAGGAAGUACGAUCCCUGCUCUCGCAGAAGGAGAACAUCAACGUGCUGGACCAAGAGAGGCGAACCCCACUGCAUGCUGCUGCCUACGUAGGCGAUGUCCCCAUCCUCCAGUUGCUACUGAUGUCAGGUGCUAAUGUCAACGCUAAGGACACACUGUGGCUGACCCCUCUUCAUCGUGCUGCUGCCUCCCGAAAUGAGAAGGUGCUGGGGCUGCUGCUGGCACACUCAGCAGAUGUCAAUGCCCGAGACAAGCUGUGGCAGACACCGCUGCAUGUGGCCGCUGCCAACCGGGCCACCAAGUGCGCUGAGGCGCUGGCACCCCUGCUGAGCAGCCUCAACGUGGCUGACAGGAGCGGACGCAGUGCCUUGCACCAUGCAGUCCACAGUGGGCAUCUCGAGACGGUGAACCUGCUUCUCAACAAAGGAGCCAGCCUGAAUGUCUGCGACAAGAAGGACCGGCAGCCUCUGCACUGGGCAGCGUUCCUAGGGCAUUUGGAGGUUCUGAAGCUGCUGGUGGCGCGGGGAGCAGACCUCGGCUGCAAGGACCGCAAGGGCUAUGGGCUGCUCCACACCGCUGCUGCCAGUGGCCAGAUUGAAGUGGUGAAGUACCUGCUCCGGAUGGGGGCUGAGAUCGAUGAGCCCAAUGCUUUUGGAAACACAGCUUUGCACAUCGCCUGCUACCUGGGCCAGGAUGCUGUGGCUAUUGAGCUGGUGAAUGCCGGAGCCAACGUCAACCAGCCGAACGACAAGGGCUUCACGCCACUGCAUGUGGCGGCAGUCUCCACCAACGGCGCACUUUGCUUGGAGCUCCUGGUCAAUAACGGGGCAGAUGUCAACUACCAGAGCAAGGAAGGAAAAAGUCCUCUGCAUAUGGCUGCCAUCCAUGGCCGUUUCACCCGCUCCCAGAUCCUCAUACAGAAUGGCAGCGAGAUCGAUUGUGCCGACAAAUUUGGGAACACGCCACUGCACGUGGCUGCACGCUACGGACACGAGCUGCUCAUCAGCACCCUCAUGACCAAUGGCGCGGAUACCGCCCGGCGCGGCAUCCACGACAUGUUCCCCCUGCACUUAGCUGUCCUCUUUGGAUUCUCUGACUGUUGUCGCAAGCUUCUUUCCUCAGGUCAGCUGUACAGCAUCGUGUCUUCACUCAGCAACGAGCACGUGCUCUCAGCUGGGUUCGACAUCAAUACCCCCGACAACCUUGGCCGCACCUGUCUUCAUGCUGCUGCUUCUGGAGGGAAUGUUGAAUGUCUAAACCUGCUGUUGAGCAGUGGAGCUGACUUGAGGCGGAGAGACAAAUUUGGAAGGACGCCCCUGCACUAUGCAGCCGCCAAUGGCAGCUACCAGUGUGCCGUCACACUGGUGACCGCCGGGGCGGGCGUCAACGAGGCGGACUGUAAAGGCUGCUCCCCCCUCCACUACGCUGCUGCCUCAGACACUUACAGGAGAGCGGAACCUCACUCAUCUUCCAGCCACGACGCUGACGAGGAUGAGCCUCUGAAGGAGUCCCGCAGGAAGGAGGCCUUCUUCUGUCUGGAGUUCUUACUGGAUAACGGUGCAGACCCCUCCCUGCGGGACCGGCAGGGCUACACAGCAGUGCACUAUGCAGCCGCCUAUGGCAACAGACAGAACCUCGAACUGCUCUUAGAAAUGUCCUUUAACUGCCUGGAGGAUGUGGAAAGUACCAUUCCAGUCAGCCCUUUGCACUUAGCUGCCUACAACGGUCACUGUGAAGCCCUGAAGACACUGGCCGAGACGCUGGUGAAUCUGGACGUGAGGGACCACAAGGGCCGCACCGCGCUCUUCCUGGCCACUGAGCGAGGCUCCACGGACUGUGUGGAGGUGCUGACGGCUCACGGCGCCUCUGCCCUCAUCAAGGAGCGCAAGCGCAAGUGGACACCCCUGCAUGCUGCUGCUGCCUCUGGCCACACUGAUUCCCUGCACUUGCUGAUUGACAGCGGGGAGCGAGCUGACAUCACAGACGUCGUGGAUGUCUACGGCCAGACCCCGCUGAUGCUGGCCAUCAUGAACGGUCACGCGGACUGUGUACACCUGCUGCUAGAGAAAGGAUCCACAGCUGAUGCUGCUGACCUUCGGGGUCGCACUGCCCUGCACCGGGGGGCAGUGACUGGCUGUGAGGACUGCCUGGCUGCCCUGCUGGACCAUGACGCGUUUGUGCUGUGCCGAGACUUCAAGGGCCGCACGCCCAUCCACUUGGCCUCCGCGUGUGGCCACACCGCAGUGCUGCGGACCCUGCUGCAGGCUGCCCUGUCCACAGACCCCCUGGACGCGGGGGUGGACUACAGUGGAUACUCGCCCAUGCACUGGGCCUCCUACACUGGACACGAAGAUUGUCUGGAGUUGUUACUUGAACACAGCCCAUUUUCAUACCUGGAAGGAAACCCCUUCACUCCUUUGCACUGUGCAGUAAUUAAUAACCAGGACAGCACCACAGAGAUGCUGCUGGGAGCUCUGGGUGCCAAGAUUGUGAACAGCCGUGAUGCCAAAGGACGGACCCCUCUUCACGCCGCUGCCUUUGCGGACAAUGUCUCUGGGCUCCGGGUGCUGCUGCAGCAUCAAGCUGAGGUGAACGCCACCGACCACACCGGCCGCACGGCACUCAUGACGGCGGCGGAGAAUGGGCAGACAGCUGCUGUGGAGUUUCUGCUGUACCGGGGGAAGGCAGACCUGACCGUGCUGGACGAGAACAAGAACACUGCCCUCCACUUGGCGUGUAGCAAGGGCCAUGAGAAAUGUGCCCUCAUGAUCCUGGCAGAAACCCAAGACCUUGGCCUUAUCAAUGCCACCAACAGUGCGCUGCAGAUGCCACUCCACAUUGCUGCCCGGAACGGUCUGGCCUCUGUGGUGCAGGCCCUGCUGAGUCGGGGCGCCACUGUGCUGGCUGUGGAUGAAGAAGGUCACACCCCAGCACUGGCCUGCGCCCCCAACAAAGACGUGGCAGACUGCCUGGCCUUGAUCCUCUCCACCAUGAAGCCUUUCCCACCCAAGGACGCCGUCAGUCCUUUCAGCUUCAGCCUGCUCAAAAACUGCAGCAUCGCCGCCGCCAAGACGGUGGGUGGCUGCGGGGCCCUGCCGCACGGGGCCUCCUGCCCCUACAGCCAGGAGCGGCACGGCGCCAUUGGCCUAGACGGCUGCUACUCCGAGUAGCCCCUCGCGUCCCUCCCCCGCCGGUGGCUUGAUAUCUUAUAUUUAUUUAGAAGAAGUCUAUACAUUUAGGGCACUUUAAAGGAGAACACGGCUGGGUGUGGGGCGGGGGCGGAGGGGGUGAACGG